GUUCCGUCAAAUGAUGCAACUUUGAGAGCUGCCCUCGCCUUCUCGGCGACGUGACAUAUUAAUCGCUAAACAAGAACCAACGACCUUACGGCACGAACUGAUGACUUCGUUAAUUGUAUUUAAGUGCUUGGUGUGGACACCCAGAGCUGCGGUUUUGCGCCAUCGAAGCCCCCACUUUGCGGCCGCCUUCUUUCAACGCCAGACAUGAAGCUCCUCGCUGCACUUUUCAUGGUGACUCUGGCCGCGACUGUGUGCUCGGAUCUUUCGGAAGCAAGGGAGGUGAAGAAAUCCGAGUAUCGCCGCUACAUGCGCUUCGCGCGUAUGCUGGCCCUGAAAACUUCCCGCGAGCACGCAAAAAUUGUGACCGAGAUCACCGGGGUUACGCGGGACGGCAACCUUGCCACCAUUCGUUAUAAUGCCCUGGAGACAAAGUGCAAGCCAGGAUCUCGCCCUCCAGUACGACGGAGGUGUCCCCCAUUACCUGAAGCAGUCCUCAUGGACUGUAUCGGUAAAGUGAAGUUUCUCGGCGGAGGUUUUAGAAGACCCAAGUACCUCAAUGAGACCCUGUGCAUUGGCGCCGUGCUGGUUCCUUUAAAUGCCGACGCGUAGAUGCCGACACCACGUACGUAAAGCCUCAUAAGAAGAGUUAGAUGGCCGUUGUUACGGCCGUGGUCAAUCGUGAACACCGCGCAAGAUUUCUCGCCGUAGUGAGAAAAAGUCACAGAAGAAGUGACAGUAAAGUGAGGAGAGAACAGGCGACAGUCUAUGCUUUCACAAGAUACUCAUUAAA